AUGGCGCGAAAUGUACGCGGACCGAUGUCUGCGCUCACAGAUUUCCUCCAGAGCACCGGUAUUACCCCAACCACCAUAGCGCGGCGAGCAGCAACCCGUGCGGCAGAGAAUGCAGAACAACCUGAAGCAGGUCCGAGCAACCCUCGUCGCGGUCGCGCGCAAGAGGACCACCAGGAGGAAUAUGACUCGGACAACCUUGACGAACCUGAGCGAAAGCAAAAAGCCGCCGCAAAAAAGAAGAAGAAGAAAGGAGAACACGACGAUUCAGACGACGAGUAUACCGCGCUGUCCAAGACAGCCUAUGCGCCAACGAACAAACCCGCUGUUGGUAGCUUUGAAAAUUGUGCGACUUGCGAAAAGCAAUUCACUGUCACCAAAUAUACCAUGGCGGCGAUGCCUGGCCCGGGUUUUCUCUGUCAUCCUUGCGCGAAAGCCUCUGGUGCUGAUCCAUUUAAAAAGCCGGCAUCACCUCGCAAGCGCAAAGCCCCGGCUGAAAAGCGUACUGUUGUACAUAUCCAGCAGCGCAGCUUCCCCACCCUUGUCUCCUUGUGUAUUGACGUAAUUGCGCGUCAUAUUGAUGAUGUCGAAGCUUUUGGGGAUAUUGGCUCGCUGAAUCUAGAAGCGAUCGCGAGGGCACUGUCAAAAAAUCGUCGUUUGACCACCGAAAACGCCCCGUUAUUCUAUAAUAUAGAAAACACCAACUUGGCAUUUUAUGACGCUACGAACCUUUCCCCAGAUGCCUUUGUUGCACUGGGAAACCUAAAUCCGAACCUCACUCGCUUGCGACUUGAUUUCUGUGGCCCACUCAACGACGAAGCCAUCCUCUCCUGGAACAGGACCAUGCCAUCCCUGGUUUCACUGGAGCUUUUUGGCCCCUUCCUUGUCCGAGAAGCGGCUUGGAUCUCGUUUUUCCAAGCACAUACGAACAUGGUCUCCUUUCUUAUCACUCAGAGUCCCCGUUUCUCGCUCGCUUGUCUCCAAGCAUUGAUCGACGCUUCUGGCUCGACCAUAAGUCAACUCCGUUUACGAGAAGUGGGAUUAUUAUCGGCAGCCUUCGCUGAGCGCAUAGCAGGACUUUCUAAAUUGACAUACCUCGACGUUGGCGAACCUUCAGAAUCGCUUUCUGACGACAAUGUUGUCCAACUCCUCGAAGGCAUCGGUAGUGGACUAACGCAUCUUGAUCUCUCAGGCCACAUCGAGCUCACGGACGAAGUUCUUUCUCGUGGACUCAUCCCCAAUACUCCCCACUUGACAUCAUUGGCUAUGGCUAAUGUUCCCCUGCUGUCGGAUAUCGGCACCGCCGACUUUUUCAAUUCGUCUAAUCAAAAUGGCGACGAGACUUCUGGCCUCAUCCUGCUUGACCUUAGCCGGAAUCAUCUGCUCAAAGGGGCGGCCUUGACAGCACUCAUCCAACACUCGAAGAAGACAAUACAAGAACUCAAUAUCAACGGAUGGAAAGACGUGGAUGUAUCGGCGGAGGAAAUGGUGGUUGGAAAGAGGUCCACGAAAUCCGAAGACGUGGAAAUGCUCCCCACGGAGCCAGCGCUUCCUCUUUUGGCCCACCUGGAGAAAGUCAAAAAACUUGACCUGGGCUGGUGUCGCGGGGUAGAUGAUUUCGUGGUUAAAAGCAUUCUUGAGGGCUGUGAAGCACUCGAAGAGCUCAAAGUCUGGGGCUGCAAUCGGGUUGAAGGCAAAUGGGAGUCAUCAAUGCAGCGGAAACGUGGGGUCAAGGUGUACGGAAUCGAGAGCCAGACGGGUUCUUGA